CUCGUCUGUCCCCUCACCUGUUUCCCUGAGCAAAUAUUAAUUGCAGUGCCUGCAUGGACCUGCCUUUACAAUGACUACUAUCCUGUUGUCGCCAGUGCUCCCUUUGAACUUGCGUACGGAUCCCAAUUUGGCCGUCCCCAGGAUACAGCGUCCGACCAUGUUGACGAUUUGGGACCUGCCGCAGCCAAUCCGCUUCAGGAUCUAUCAACACGUGCUUACAUCAAGUUUGGACCCACCUUCAUCGCUCUUGGAAUUGCACACGGCCGACUCCGACAACAAGGUGCAAAGAAUCCAUCGCCAUGGAGCCGACGUUGCUGAGUUUGCCGUCGAGAAAUGCAUCCGCUAUCCUAUUACCAUUCAUCUGCCCUUUGCAGGCCUCCUGCGGUCAAGCAGCCGAGUACGGCGCGAGGUUAAGGAGAUAGCGCGUAUGCUCCAGACGAAACGUGUCGCGUACAGACUGGACCUCGUCAUCGAGAAUGAGCUCACUAUGCUGCCGUCGUGGCUGAGAUGUCCCGUGACGAGCAUGGACGUCUCGCGACUGGACAUCGACGUCCGACUGCUUGGCUUCGUCGACGAAGCGGGCCCGGACUUUCCGUUAGACGGCUCGCAGCAGCACGGCAGGGACCGUUGCAGAACGCUGGCCUUUGCCAUCCUGGCGCUUAUCGCGAGAUUCAUCGAUCGUGGCCCGCGAUUCGAGCACGUGCGUCAUGGCGAGAUCAAGGUGCAAUCGCUCACGUUGAACUUCCACUCGAGGCUGGAAGAGGCGAAGCCGCACAGGUUGCGUCUGGGUCGAUCGAAUUCGGUCGAGGAAGAGCGGGGCUUGAUGGACCAUCUCUGCAUGACCCAACUGCACGAGCACCAUAGGCACGACAGCGCCGUUGAAGCGGACAGACCGCGACCAAGCCGCAGCGACCCCAGCGAGGUGGUAGAAGCUAGAGAUCUGCUGCGGACUGUCGAUCUGGUUCUGAGGCCGCUGUGUCGGCAGGAGCAGUACACGCUCGAGCGGCGGCUGAAGCACUUUUCCACCUCUCACCUGGGCUUCCUGAGGAGAAACGUGCGGAGGAUAUGCUUGUCGCUGGACGGCAUUCCGGAGAGGGCCAUGACGGUGGAAAGUUGAGGAGGCAUGGCCAAGAUGUGAACGAACGGCGCGAACAAAAGGUCAUUUUGAACUAAUUCAUUUAUUGCUUCUUUUUAGUUCUCCACACGAACAGCGCCAACUACGUACGGCCGCUCC